AUGAGUGAUUUAGCGAUUCCACCUUUGAACAAGAAAGAAUGUCUGGAUUUCCUGUCCGGGUUCAUCCAGAUCCACUCGCAGUCUCGCACUGCAGGUGAGAUAGAAGCCAUAGAGUACAUGACCAAGGCCAUGACAGAAAUCGGCCUGGAAAGUGAGUCCAUUGGGUUCAAGGACAAGCAAGAUGGAAUGGCGAGAUGUAAUUCUGUUGGUAUUUGGAAGGGUACAGGCAAAGAUACGGGAGCCAAGAAGUUGCUGUUCAAUGGCCAUGUGGAUACCAACCCAGUGACAGAAGGAUGGACGGUUGAUCCGUACGAGGGCAAAGUGGAUGACGAUUUCAUCUACGGAAUCGGUGUGUCGAACAUGAAGUCGGGAUGCUGUGCCUACUAUAUGGCGGUGAAGACCCUGAAAGAAGCGGGAUACCAGAUAUCUGAUGAUGUGACACUCACCUACGUGGUUGGCGAACUUCAAGGUGGAGCAGGAACUGUUGCACUUCUCGAGCAAAAAGUUAUCACCAAAGAGACGGCUGACUAUUUCAUCAACUGCGAGCCCACAGAUGUUUUUGCUUUGGUAAUGCAUGCUGGCUCUGCCAUUUUUAAUGUGAAUGUCAUAGGUGAUACCAGACACAUGUCCAAGCGUGAAGAGGCUACUGACGCAAUCAUGGCUUCGAUGGAUGCUAUCAACAGGUUCACAGACCUGAAGUUUUCAGACGCUAAAUCCGAGGUCCAUCGGAGUGUUAACAGAUGUCAUGUAGGAACCAUCAGAGGCGGCCUGGGAAGAAAUUACGAGACUUGGAGACCUCCUCAGGUUGCUGAUUUCGUUACCUUCACUGGAGCUGCUAGAUAUGCCCCAGGGCAAAACGAAGAUAUCGUUCUUCAAGACCUGGAAAAAGAGCUCAUCAAGACAAAAGAGGUUUAUCCAAAAAUGAAAUACGAGCUCUGUUUGGAAAAGCACGAUUUCAUGCCUCCCUUUGAAGUUUCUCCAGAUGCAGACAUUGUCAAGUACCUAAACAUGGGCUACAGAGAGAUUAGAGGAGUAGACCAGCCUACAGGUGCUCUGAAACCUCCCUGCUUUUACGGAAGUGAUGCCGGACAUCUUUAUGAGAAGCUAGGGAUGGAAGGCAUUGUUUGUGGCCCUGGUGGAAAGUUCAAUACCAUGCCUGAUGAAAGGGUCGACAUUCCCGACUACCUUGAUUGUAUCCGGAUUUUCAUGAGGGUCAUCCUCACGGUGUGUGGGGGCUACAAGCCUUGA